ACGCGCCCCGAGGCAUCGAGAGCUCCGGCGCUCUACAGGUGCUGCCUUGUGCGCCAGCGCGUGAAGACUCGCGCGGAACAGCUCCCCUGGCGGCGAGGAGGAGCGGCGGCCGUGCAACGGGUCCGCGGUGGAGGCUCUGCCACCUCGGUUCGAUACCCACCCCAGCACUCGCCCGGGUCGGGCCUAGAGCAAGCGGUUUUAUGAGCCCGGCUUUGGCUGUGGGGAUAAGGCCAACUGUCGGUGGUUUACAAGCCGUGGAUCGCAAAGGCCUGAACCCUGAGCCCCAGUGGAAAAGUGGGGAGGUAGGGGGUGGACCAGGAACCAGAAGUCAGCAAGGACUUUGUCCCCAGGCGCCCAGUCCCUGUGGAGGUCAGGCUCGAGAGGAGGCUGGGGCCCUGGCAGGGGAGGUCAGGGACAGAUGUGGACUUCCUGGGCCGGGCUUCCAGGGACACUGGCUGGUUGACUCUGACCUGGGACAGUGCUGCCUUCAGCCACCCACGCUUCCCCUGCCACCAUGCUGUACUCCAGGGCUACACUGCUCCUGACCCUGCUCCUGGCAUCCGGUUCCCUGGGCCAGAGAGCGCGGAGGCCCCUGUCCCCCAUCAGCACCACCCAGCCCCAAGCCAACUUCGAUGCUCAGCAGUUUGCAGGGAGGUGGCUACUUGUGGCUGUGGCUUCUGCCUGCCGCUACUUGCAGGAGCAGGGCCACCGGGCAGAGGCCACUGCACUACAUGCAACUCCUCAGGUUGCAGCCAUGGCUGUCAGCACCUUUCGAAAGCUGGAUGGGAUCUGCUGGCAAGUGCGCCAGCUCUACGGAGACACUGGAGUCCCUGGCCGCUUCCUGGUCCCAGCCCGAGGAGCCCGAGGGUCUGUGCAUGUGGUCGUCGCAGAGACUGACUACCGAGACUUCGCCAUCCUGUACCUGGAGCGGGCACAACAGCUGUCCAUGAAGCUGUAUGGUGCGUGGUGGCCCUGCACUCGAGGCAUCCCUGGGUGUCCUGCCCUCCUGACAACAGCCCGCUCCUUGCCUGUGGGGGACUCUGCCCUGAGUGUGUUUGAGCAGCGGGUCCGGCAGGCCAACCUGACCGAAGACCAGACCUUGUUCUUCCCCACGUAUGGCCAUGAGGAUCCUCGGCCCCUGCUGAGGCUGUGUCUGUGCAGAAGCGAGCUGAGGCCAUACAAUCCGUGGGAAAAAUCAGCGCCGAAGCCACAGAGGACACCGCCACCCUACCCAGGAGCCCCCAGUCCUGACCCUGGCCAGCCACCUGGUUCUCUGCUCUGCCUGAAGCUGCCCCUCCACUCUGGGUCCAGUAGACAUGGGACUCAUUAAAUGCCAGACUUGGCUCCUGGCUCCUUUCUA